UCAUUUCUUCCUUCUUCUUCCUCUUCACCACCCAUUUUCGAUUCCGGAACCGCCGGUUUGAUUGAUCGGGAGAAAUACGAUACUCCUAAAUCAAAUUAUCUAUUACAAGAUGGGGCCGGAAAUGGCGAUUGGAUCUGAAGCAAGACCUAAAAAACCGGAUGAACCAAGGAAGGCGUUGAAAUUGGUCAUAAGAAAGUUGAAAUUGUUCGAUCUGGCCAAUCAAUGGUGCUGGCGAUAAAGCAAUCGGUCUGUCCGUUUUUGUUUGUGGUGAUAACUUUUUCUCUAAUAGCGUGCGGCAGACAAGCGAGAUGAAGAUGUUCAAGUAGGCUGAAUGCGUGAAAGCAAUCUGUGGCGCCAUUAACGAGACAGGGGGGAAGGAAGGAACAAGGCAAGGCGGCGAGGGUAGGCCUAUGAGGAAUGAGAGAUUAUCCGACUUGAAUAUGGCAUGCUACAUUACAUGGAUGCCAUGGAUGGCGACGUCAAAUCUAACAUCGGGAAAACGCCUCCUCGGCUUACAUUGUGUUUGCUCUUCAAGAUUUUCAUAAUUUCGACUUGCGGGAUGGCGCUUUCACUGAACCUCUACUACGCCGGGUUGAAGUAUGUCUCGGCAACAUUCUCUACAGUUGCCAACAACACAAUUCCUGCAAUGGUCUUCAUCCUCGCCAUCUGUUUAAGGAUGGAAACCAUGUCCAUAACUCAGAAACAAGGCCUGGCCAAAAUUGUCGGAUCGGCACUCUGCCUCGGGGGCGCAAUGGUCUUUACAUUCUACAAGGGCCCGGAUCUGUACGCGGGCGUCGAAAGCGAUUCCCCACAUGCAUUUGCCAAGAGGUACACCAAAGAAGAGUGGAUCAAAGGCUCGCUUCUCACGCUCGCCGCAUUCUUCGUCUGGGCCGUUUGGCUCAUCGUACAGACUCCGAUUUUGAGGGAAUACCCGUCGACGCUGCGGCUCACCACUCUACAAUGCUGGUUCAGCUGCGUAACGUCGGCAAUUUAUGCAGCCGCUGUCGAAAGGCAAGCAUCGUCAUGGAAGCUCGGCUGGAAUGUCAAUCUUUUGACCGUUAUAUUCUGCGGUAUUCUCGUCACCGGCGUGACGAAUUCGCUUCAAGUCUGGGUUGUCGGGAAGAGUGGCCCUGUCUUUACGGCCAUCUUCAGUCCCUUGUCGUUAAUCCUUACAGCCAUUUUUUCUGCCCUAAUCUUCCAUGAAUCUCUGCACUGGGGAAGUGUUUUGGGAGGAGUCAUGCUGAUUGGCGGGCUGUAUGCUUUUCUUUGGGGGAAGAAUAGAGAGGACAAAGCUGCGGUGGAUGCAUCGACGGCUGAGGUUGGUUUGGAAUCGAUCGUCGCUUCCCAACCGUCGGAUGAUAAUCAGCAGCAAGUCGAGAGAGAUGCUCUCAAGAUUUGAUAUAUAUAUAUAUAUAUAGAUUAUCUAUUUCUUGUAAUUUCCGGUGUUAUUAUUAUAAUUAUAAAUAAUAAUUAUUAUUAAUUAAA